GCGUAAUCAAUGUCUGCCUGUGCCUGUGCCUUGAGCUUGAGCUGUCUUUCUUCUCCCACUACAGUCCAUGCCACGCCCCUCUCCCCUACAGAUGUCGCAUCAUGGCGACCGUGAAUCAGAACAUGUUUGAAGCCAGCGUCACCACGGAUCGCCCACAAGGCGCCCCGUUAUUGGUGCUGCCGCUGAAUUUGAUUGCUCUCAUCAUCUCCUCCCUUGAUGAUCCUGGUGAUCUUGCUCGUCUUUGUCGAACAUGCCGCGUGCUCAACUACAUGACUCUUCCCCAACUUUACAAGAACAUCACCUUGACCUCCUAUGACAAAAUCCGUUAUCGCGAUGACCAGCCCGAGGGCAUGGGGAGCGCCAGCCCCUUCUCCAUGGGACUCAACGCCGUCAUCACGCGCCCCUACGCCAACCUGGUGCGAUCGCUGACGCUGCGGGGGAAUUGGCGCGAGUCGGAGCUCGAGGAGCAUGCGCGGGUGGGCCGGGUGCCGGAUUCCUCGAUGAUGCUCAACAUUGCGGUGCGGGCGGCGGUGGACAAGAUGCCGGAUCUGGAGAGCUUCAGCUGGGAGCUCAACACCAAGAUGAUGGAGACGGUCUACCUGGGGCUGGCGCAGCUGCCCAAGCUGACCUCGUUGACCCUCCGGUUCCCGUCCAGCCGCCAUCCGCGGCCGACCAUCGUCAUCCCCGCCAUCCCCCACCUCCGGUACCUGAAGAUCACCGACAUCGACCCGCUCUGCUAUCCAGACGAUAUCUCCACGCUGCUGUUCCGGUGUAGGAAGCUGCGCGAGCUCAAAAUGCACUGGUCGCCGCGCAUGCGCAUCGAGCAGGAGCCCAGUGUCAUGCUCCACGACUAUUUCCGCAAGUGCAUCGCCGCGAAACGACCCUUGUCCGUCCGCAAGAUUGGGCUGCAGAAUCUGUAUGCGCUGCACACCGAGGAGUUCAAGCUUGCUUUCGCCCAGCAUCCGAUGGAGGAGGUGACCAUUCUCAAUGACAUAGGCUCGGAUGCCGCGUUGAACACGUUUGUGGAUAACACCUGGCCGACGAUCCCGCACGCUGAGAUCCAUAUCAAAUGCAUCCGGCAAGAUGCCUUGUCGCGACGACAAGCAGAUUUCCUAAGUCACUUCACCGGGCUAGAGAAGCUGUAUUUUGUGAACGCCAGCUCCAACUCCCGCCACGACAUCAAUUCCCCGCGACAGCCUGUCGCCGCCCCGGCGCUCACCCCACCGCAAUCUGACACCAACGGCUCGGUGGCAUACUCGUCCGCCGCGAACACUCCGAUCAACUCCCCCAGUCUGCAAGCAAACAUCCGCGACUGUUACCUCAACAACAUCAUCUCGAACCACGCCUCCACUCUCCGUCACCUCCUGCUCCCCGCGCGCUGGCCACUGUCGGCCAACACGGUAGCGCGCCUUGUACAUGCCAGUCCGCAACUGGAACAACUAGGCUUCGCCACGGAAUUUUCGACCAUGGACACCCUGGGGUUACUUCUACCUUUCCUCCGCCAAUUGACUGCCCUCCGGAUCCUGGUGCCCACUGGGUCAACCUCCGAUCAAUCCCGCGGCUCCCAAACAACCUCGACUAAGCUGUUGACGGACCAAUCUUCCAAACCUCCUCCAUCUCUCCCCACGAAUCCUGUGGCCGGAGCGCGCUCCUUCCAGGCGCUCGUGGAAGCCGACGACGAUAUCCUCAUCGAAAAGCUCAGUGCCGCCCUCGCCGACCAACAGAUCUUUCACCGCCUGAAGGUCCUCGGUCUCGGCCGGAAAGCCUUCUCUCUGGGUGACCAUUACACCAUUCCCACGGAGCGGCCGAACAACCACCCCGUCGAGCCACAGACUCCGACCGCCUCCCGGGCCCAAAGCGCCGAGGCCGGUCGAAGUCCUUCACAGCACCAGCACUUCAAUUCUGCCUUUGCAGCGGAUAAAGAGUUAAGUAAUGGCAAUCAUCACCACCACAAGAUGUACAACGGCUCGAUCAUUCCCGCCCAUCCCACUAGCGGCAAUCAACCUCCGACCUCUAGUCUGGGCAAACGCCCGCGGCCCGACGACGAGGAGACGCCGCCUGCCCGCCCCGUAGAGACGAUCAACACCCCGAUCGAUGAGGAGGAGGACCUCUGCACGCCGAGGGUCUUUUGGGACCCGCGGGGCCGCGAAUGGCGCCGCCAAGUGCGUCGGGUGGGGUGGGAAGUGCUGCAGCAUUGGGAGAUCUGGGCGUUGGAUAAGCAGGAGCUAUGAUUGGUGUUUAUAUUUGUGUUGUUAGUUUUUGAAAAAGGAGGAACAUAUAUACCCUGGAGUUAUCUUGUGUGUUUGUUUUUUUGUUAUUGCUGUUUCCAGCGUGAGGUGUAUAGUUGAUGUGGCUGUGUAUAGGUAGUUUUGGAUAUACUAAUGAUUGUGUUUGCUGCGGAUAUGUUGGGGAUGGAAAUUGGGAUGCGAUGUGGACUGGUUAUGGUUACUAUGCAUACUAGCAUAUGUGAUUGAGAACAGUGCCCCCGGGGGCUGUGGACCGGCCAUAACCUCCAAAUCAUGUAGUCAG